CGACCGCAGGCCGUGCUGUAGUUUAGGGCCUCGGUCUCUCUUAGUUGGCGACGGUGUCUCUCGCGAGGAGGAUUCGCCCGCCGUACCAGAUCCAACGAUAUACUCGACGAGGCCUUCUGGUCGGCCCAAGAUAUUCCCUCACGUCCUCAAGAAAAACGCGACGAUGGCAAGCCCCUCAGAGGGAGACACCGUCAAGCCGACGAACACGAACAAAUCAACGACUGGAAUCAACAUUCUCGCACCCAAGGAGGGUGCGAGAAAACGACGACGAUUAGAAUCUCUGACAACAAACUCGGAGAUCCCUAAGAAAACGCAGCGACGCGACGAGUCGUGCAACUCCUAUGCUGAAGCAACCAGCGAAAAAAGGGUUGAACAUACAGAAGAUAAAAAGGACUCAUCGCUGCCACGUCUGAGAAAGAAGGAUCCGACUGUGUCAAUAAAUCCGCAAGAUGUUCAGAUGUCACGGUCUUGCGAAACAGGCGUGGGAAGAAGUGACGCAACCAGAUUGAGGAAAACGAUACAGUGGCUCGAGGAAGGAGCGCGAAGGUUACGCGAGGAUCUGGCGAACGUGCGAACAGAGCUACACGAAGAGCGAAGGGCGGCAAAAAUUGCCAAGAGGGAGUUCGAAACUGCCCUCAGAGAGGCCAGAUUUGCCGAGGCUGCCAAGUACCAACCGAUCAUAGCCGAGUUAAAGACCAGAAUCGUUCAAUCUGUGUCGCCAUCGCCGUCUCCGUCGCCGCCGUUCAAAACGAAUGCCGCGAAAGACGAGAGCCCCAAGCGUGAAUUGUCAACCCUCAGGAAACGCUUAGCUGAAGCUGAGGGCACGAUACGAAGACUCGAACAAUUGGUGAAAUCGCAAGCGAGCACCGCUCGCCAUACCAAUGCUACUUCUUCCUGCGGUGAUGCGCGCCGUCAGGAAGCGGAAAUACGAAAUCUACGCGCAGAAAACGAGAAACUCGAAGAAAAAUUGCGUAUCGCUCUAAAUGCCGAGAAAACUCGCAUCGCUGAGAUACGAGCUCAACGGGAAAAUCACGAAGCUGAACUUACCGCAUUGCGAAAAUCACUUCGCAGCGAAGCUAUAAAAAUGAUGGAUGAGCUGCGUGGCAAGAGCCGAGAGAUUGAGAAGCUGUCGAAGCUCUUGAAACGUCGAAAGUUGGCGCCGGCGGAGCAGGAGACGAUGCGGAAGUUACGGGAGAACGAGGGGAACCGAUCGAUACAGCCGGCAUCUCGCAUAGAGAAGAAGGUUCUCAAAGACGACAGUCACAUGGUGAGGUCAUAUAUGCGCGCAAUAGAAUCCAACAGAGCCAUAAAUGAAAUCGAGGUCGAGCGCCUCCGUGAACUCGCGCUUGAGCAGCAGGAAGUCAUCGAAAUACUUAGACAGGCAGUUAAGGAAAGAGAGAGAAAGCUAGAGCAGUUGUCCAACAAGAAAAGGAAGGAGGAAUUUUAUAAACAGUGGCUCGAGUUAGAGCCGGUGGCCGAAGUGGAUGACGAGGAGGAUCAUGAAGAUGAUGAUAGCGCUCUGUCGAGCGCCCCGUCAUCGAUGUCGCCACAACCUGGGGGCUAUGGUCAAUGGCAGGGCAACGGUGUCACUAGAGAAGCGUACGAAGCUGUCCUCGUCGAGAUCGAGGAGUUACAGGCGAAGCUUCUUAAGGAGCAACGCGAAUCGUCGCAUGCCAGAAUUCAAAUUGGCGACUUGGAAAAAGUGCUCUUGGAGAAAGAGAGAUGUCCCGAUCGUGACAAAGAGUUGGGCGAGCUGAAUGAUAAGCUUCGAGCUGCCGAGGAACGAGAGGCCGCGCUCUUGGUUGAGCUCGCGGAGAUACGCGAGCAGAACGAACUGCUAGAAUUUCGAUUGCUCGAAAUGGAGGAAAUACCCCUGCGCAAGGACAGCCCCGAUGCGGUGGACAGCGGCAUCGUUUCACCGGAACCUGCUCAUACGAACAAGGAUUAUUCAAUCAACAAACAGAGAAGCCGCGCCGUGGCGACCGUGAUACCCUACACGAAUAAUGCUACGACGAACUCUGUAAAGUCCACGUCACCCGUGUUACCGCGAAAGCCGCCGCUCACCCUUCAAGAGAGUGGCAUCUUCGAAGAGGAGGAAGAGGAGGAGGAAGAGAUGGAGAAAGGGUAUGAAGACGAGGAGGAGCGCGAAGUCGAGUUUGCCAGCUGCGGUACUCAGACGGAAGCGCCGUCCGGCGAACUCCUACAGGAGGUGCAGCGUCUCCAAGAACUGAGAGCCCGAAUUCAGGAACGAGCGGCCAAGAUCACAACGCCGACGGCCUUCCAUCCGACUGAUACGUCCAAGAUCUGUUUCGACGUGUCGACAAUGGACUCGAUAGUUCAGCUGACCUCCUACCAGGAGCGCGUUCGCGACCUCGAGGAGAGACUCGAGGAGUACGAGGAAGCCGAGAGGAGCUGGGAACAAGAGAAGCGGCUGUCGAAGCAGCGGGAGGAGGAACUGUUGGAUGAAAAUUACAAACUUACAGAGAGAACGUACUGGUUGGAGAACGAACUGCGGACUAUCGUGAAAUGUACCCUCGACGAGGCUGACAGCGGGAACGGAGAUGAGACGAGUGUCGUACAGGAAAUGAAGGACGUGGGCCAAAAUGAACACCAAGUUCCAGAAGAUACACAGAAUUCGAAAGAUGUGCAAGAUCAACUUAAAGAUGCAAACUGCACGCGCGCUGUUCAGACCAUCGAAACGUAUGGAAACUACGUGGCCACGGAAUACUCCCGAUGCCAAGAUAAAAACAACUCCGACCAGCAGAGUUUGAUUCUGGGUGCUCAAUGUAAUGUCACGCUUGUAUCCCUGGAGGAAAAGGAAAAGGAAAAGGAAAAGGAAAAGGAGGACAAACUGAAAGUCUGUAAAUCCGAAGAACCGGCCAUUAAAGAUUUUACCAAAAACGACUCGGAAAAGAAGGUGAUCUAUUUUCGCUGGAGAUAAAAGCGAGAAGAGGUUCUCCGUCGUCUCUCGUCGUCGCAGACGCUGUCCAUCAACCCACGAGUUCCACGGUAGAGUCAACGAACCCGUGGGUGAAAUCCGCGGCACAAACGAGGACAAUACGGCUGGCGCUGCUUGGUGUGCCCAAGUGACGAUCAGAAAUGGUACGUCCUAGAAGUAAAACGAGGGCGCCCGCGGAUCGAGUGCCAAUCUGAACCUUCGGUUUGGCGUACUUCACCUCCCCCACGUCACGACCAAUCUUUUCAUACAAGCUGUGAAAUCAAGUGCCAAAUAAGCCGUAGAUUAAAUACCCUUCACACGCGAGCGUAAAUUAAUAUAAAGCGUUAUUGUAAAAAAAUAACUGUAACGAUGCUUCGUGAUAAUUAUUGCAGCGAGCAAUAAUUAUUGCAAAAUAAUUUCACGUAUUUCAAUUUAUUCGAAAUGUCUGCGAUUGAUGCAUUUCUAUGAAAUGGGGAUACGCCCAGAGAGAGAGGAAAUCAGAUUAAGAGACGACUGCGCUAAACGGGCGUGUCCUUGUACGAAGCGACGCGGCGACGUAUCAAAUGACGUAUCUUCGAAUUCCUAGUACGUCGAAUAGUAUCGAAAUUUAAAUCUGCGCUUCGAUCGUAAAUUUAAAUUUGAUACGACGAAGGGAAAACUGCGCGCGUAUCAGCUAAUUUGAGAUGACACACUUCGCACACGUGUGCGUGCGUGUCGCAAAUUACCGCGCGAUUCGUGAUACGCUAGCUGCGCAUUCAGCAAGCCACAAAGGCACGUCUGUGCGGUGCCAUUCGCGCCGAGAACAAAGAUUCUAUACUGUACCAACGAUCAUUGGAAAUUCUAUUAUAUUUCAUUAUACACUCUGCGUGAAGAGUCGUUAGAGAGUAAUUGUAGGAAAGUAAUAUGUACGUAUCAUAUAGGGAAUAUAUAAAUUCCUUAACGGAUCGAUUCACUUCACUCCGAUAUCUUCUUUUAGACUUUCCUUUUAAAUCUUUUUGCACGUCAAUUUUGCGCGAUAUAUAACGUACGUAAUAGAAUUAUAUACUGAAUUAAAUAAUUCAGCGAAAUAAUUGCCUUCUAGUAUAAUGAAUCUUAUCGAAACUAAGUUAGGCUUGCGUGUGUCUUUAUAUAUCCGAAAAAAAAAUAUAUAUAUACGUGUGUACGUGUACGUAUGCUUCAGCAUUUAAUGUUCAUUGAUAUGCGUAUUAGAGUGUAAAUGAUGUGUUUCUAGUCCUACUUUUCGUUCGAUUCGUUUGAACAUGGCGUGCCUUAGCGUGCACAUUGACCUUGAGUGAUUUGGUAGAUUUAGUAUUUUUUUCGCAAAAGAGAAGUGUGUAUAUCUCCAAACGCGUACCGUAUACUUAUGCUGUAUAAGGUUUUUCGAGGCGAAAAUUCAAGCGACGAUUCGAUCAAGCGCCUCUGUUCGACCGCUAUGAUGCUGUUCGCCUCGUUCACAGGUUCGUGUCGUACGUAGAAUUGACUUUAUUCGUCGCAUGUGUAUCUGCAAGAAACGAAUAAAAUUUUGUCCACCUGUU